CUGUCCAGCGGCAGAAAGUGGUCACCAGUUAAGUCACUAACAUGUAUCCCGUACGUAUCUGGACAUCACCGUCAGCCGCACUCUCGUUGGCCAUUUCGCUAGCGUUCUGUGUGGCACUGUUGGAGGGAACCAAAAAGGAAGAAGAGAAUGCCGGGGCGCCCUCGUCCAGCGACUGUUCACCGCAAGCGCUUGGAAACGUUAGCUUGAAAAGUUGCUGCCGUACGUAUCUGGAGAUACAUUCAGCCAUCAUGGACUGUUUGCCAAGGGCGAACCAAACCGUGGCACCGUGCGUGGCGCAGUGUGUGCUCCAGCGUUACCGGGCCCGCAACAUGAUCGACGGAGGGCCGAUCACACUCUCGACGUUGCUCACGCUCGGACCGAAACUGGCAGCGAACUUUGAAACCUGCAAACAGGAUCUGUUCGAUUUCAUGGCGACCAGCAGCUUCGAGGGUGAUUUCCGGCAGGUGAUGUGUAACGAGCGUUUGGAUCGGUUCCUUGACUGUCUCGUCAAGAGCUGGUACACGGUAAGUGACGUUUUCUUUUCGUUUUGUACGGCCAUCACUGCUAGAUCACUUUGA